AUGGAUGCGAUCUACGUAAUCGUUGCUGUCCCAGAGGUAAUGUCUCUAUCCUUAUUUGGUAAUACCUUGAACGGGAUCUCCACUUCCACAAAUCGUCCUAAUCUCUUGGUCAUGCCAAUACCGCCCACGAUCUUAGUUGACCAUCCUGGCACCAUGGAAUCAGAGAUGCUGGAACCCGACGAGAUAGUAGUUGGCAAGCGGGAGAGACCUAAUCUGCCUCCUCCCCCGACAUACCCAUCACCGCCAUGGUUUACAUCAUCAAGAUUCACGUUGACGGUGGCUGUAGAGCCGAACGGUCAGCCAGGCUCGAUCGGGGCUGCAGCCGCUGCUUUUAAGGACGCGUCCGGCAGAUUCCAUGGCGAGACAACAGAAGACUUGCCUUCAUAUACCGCUCCGACGAAUCAGCGAGCUGAGAUAACAUCCGUUAUCCUCGGUCUAAGGAUGGCCUUGAAGAGAUAUGAUCAACUACACUCUGACCCUUGGUUGGAUGUCACGAUCUACUCCGACUCGGCAUUUGCAGUUGACUGUAUGGAAGAGUGGGUCUACAAGUGGAUCAGGAACGGAUGGAUGAAUUGUAAAGGGAACGAGGUAGCAAAUCGAGAUCUCAUUGAAGAAGCAGUGGUUCUCAGUGACCGGCUGAAGGAGAAGGGAGAUGUGCGUUAUGUAUGGAUUCCAAGAGAGGAGAAUCAGCUGUGCAAUGACCUGAAGAACGCUAGGUGUGACGAGCAAAGCUCCUCUUCUGAUGACAGCUACUAG